GAGGCCGAGGGACAGCGGCCCGAGCCGGGGCUAUGGCGAAGCUCCUGAGCUGCGUCCUCGGCCCCCGGCUCUACAAGAUCUACCGGGAGAGGGACACGGACCGGGCCGCGUCCAGCGUCCCCGAGACUCCCACUGCCGUCCCCGCCGCCUCGUCCAGCUCCUGGGAUACGUAUUAUCAGCCUCGGGCCCUGGAGAAACAUGCAGACAGCAUCCUGGCACUGGCUUCAGUCUUCUGGUCCAUCUCUUAUUACUCCUCUCCCUUCGCCUUCUUCUACUUAUACAGGAAAGGUUACUUGAGUUUGUCCAAAGUGGUGCCAUUUUCUCACUAUGCCGGGACAUUGCUGCUGCUACUUGCAGGGGUGGCCUGCCUCCGAGCAGUGUACAGGAACAAGAAGAAUACAGCACACACCGCCUGAGUCUCAGCUGGAGACAGCAGCAGACUUUAACAUGCACAGAGACCUCACACAGUGUAACCACACUGUGGGCCCUGCACCGGAGUACAGAUCAGAGGUGCACUGUUAGUGGAAGACAUUCGAGCAAUGUGUCCUCUAUCCCAGCGCUUGGGCAUUGGCCGCUGGACCAACCCCCAGUACCGACAGUUCAUCACCAUCUUGGAAGCCACACAUAGGAACCAGUCUGCAGAAAACAAGAGGCAGCUGGCCAACUAUAACUUCGACUUCAGGAGCUGGCCAGUCGACUUCCACUGGGAGGAGCCCAGCAGCCGGAAGGGGUCCCGAGGUGGCCCUUCCCGCAGGGGUGUGGCCCUGCUUCGUCCAGAGCCUCUGCACCGGGGAACAGCAGACACGUUUCUCAACAGGGUCAAGAAGCUGCCCUGUCAGAUCACCAGCUAUCUGGUGGCACACACCUUGGGGCGCCGGAUGCUGUACCCAGGCUCCGUGUACCUGCUCCAGAAGGCCCUCAUGCCUGUGCUGCUGCAGGGCCAGGCCCGACUGGUGGAAGAGUGUAAUGGGCGCCGUGCAAAACUGCUCGCCUGUGAUGGUAAUGAGAUAGACACCAUGUUUGUGGACCGACGGGGGACAGCUGAGCCCCAGGGGCAGAAGCUGGUCAUCUGCUGUGAGGGGAAUGCAGGAUUCUAUGAGGUGGGCUGUGUCUCCACACCCCUAGAAGCUGGCUAUUCUGUCCUGGGCUGGAAUCAUCCAGGCUUUGCAGGAAGCACGGGGGUACCAUUCCCACAGAACGAGGCCAAUGCCAUGGAUGUGGUGGUUCAGUUUGCCAUCCACCGCCUGGGCUUCCAGCCCCAGGACAUUGUCAUCUACGCCUGGUCCAUUGGAGGCUUCACUGCCACGUGGGCAGCCAUGUCCUACCCAGACAUCAGUGCUGUUAUCCUGGACGCCUCCUUCGAUGACUUGGUGCCCCUGGCCUUGAAGGUCAUGCCGGACAGCUGGCGAGCCCUGGUCACCAGGACGGUGAGGCAGCAUCUCAACCUCAACAACUCGGAGCAGCUGUGCAGGUUCCAGGGCCCCGUGCUGCUGGUCCGGAGAACCAAGGACGAGAUCAUCACCACCACGGUCCCUGAGGACAUCAUGUCCAACAGAGGCAAUGACCUCCUGCUGAAGCUCCUGCAGUUCCGGUACCCUCGAGUGAUGGUGGAGGAGGGGCUCAGAGCUGUGAGGCAGUGGCUGGAGGCCUCUUCCCAGCUAGAGGAAGCCUCCAUUUACAGUCGCUGGGAGGUGGAGGAGGACUGGUGUGUGUCUGUGCUUCGCUCCUACCAGGCAGAGCAUGGGCCUGAUUUCCCCUGGAGUGUGGGGGAGGACAUGAGUGCAGAUGGACGGAGGCAGCUGGCGCUGUUCCUGGCCCGGAAGCAUCUACACAACUUUGAGGCCACACACUGCACUCCACUCCCGGCCCAGCACUUCCAGAUGCCCUGGCACCUCUAGAACCACGUGUAGACUCUUCUGGAAGGACAAGAUAGGAGGAGACACGAGGGGAUACUUUUGUGACUCUCUUCAUGUUGCUGUUUAUAGUCUGGCCCGUGGGGACAUCCCCUCUGGCCAACAGUCCUCCUGCACGUUUCCCUCAUCUAUGUGGAAGCACUUAGCUCCCCUCAUACACACCUGCAUUAAAUGAAUGAUUUAUUCCUAAUAAUUAAUAAAAAGGUAUUUUUUCUACAA